UUUUUUUUCCGGCGUUCAGCAAUCGAACAGUCAAUUUUCAGGCGCUUAAGAGAGCACUUCCAGUGCACGGUUACUACUUGACACAAGUUCUGCUGGACGUACGCUCCCACAUAAACAAUGGCAACAAUAAUGACGCAAGAAGGGAAAUUCUUGGCAAUGGCUGGGAAAAUGCUUGAUAAGCUGAAAGAGAAGCCCACGAAGUAUCAAGAAUUGCAAGACAAAUUUUCCCCCGAAAAAAGCUUUGCAGAACUGUUCGCCAACAUCUGGAACAUGAAGGAAGCUCACUCGAUGCUAACACCAGAGUUGCAGGUGAAUGAGAAAUCGGACGCAGAGGCGAUCAAAUUCCGUAAUGAGGGAAAUACUUGGUACAGGAAACGGGAACUCACGAGGGCUUUGGAACUGUAUAACUUGAGCAUAAUGAAAGCUGUUCACCCGGUACUACCCGUGCCUCCUAAUCCUCCGACUGUGUCAGAAUAUGACGACCAAGUAGAGAAAUCUCCCAUCUUGCCACAUAACUACGGAGGCAGCGACAGUAAGAACCAUAAAGUACUGGCGAUGGCCUUCGGUAACAGAUCGGCUGUUUUGUACGAAAUGAAAUAUUACGACAUGAGUUUGAAGGACAUCGACGCCGCUUUAGAGAUGGGUUACCCUGAGGAGAUGGCUGAGAAGUUGGAGGCGAGGCGAGCUCGGUGCCUGGAAGCUCGAGCAACGAGAGAGCAUAAGGAGGAGAACCUCCUCGGGAUCGAAACCAGCCCCUCCAAAGACAAAGGAAAGCGCUCGACCCCAACGACAUUUGCACAGAAACUAAAUGAGCGUCUCACUUUGUCUCACGCAUUUUUAGAUGACAUAGAGCCUCCAAAAAUCCAGAACGUUAAUGAUAAAGCGCCUAACCUUUCAACGGCUGUGAAAGUGGCACACAUCCCUGGCAAAGGAAGGGGUAUCAUUGCUACGAGAGAUAUUGCCACAGGGGAAGUUGUUGGCGUAGAGAAAGCUGUGUGUGUUAAUAUUAAGAAGGACGAACUUGACAGCUAUUGUUCUUAUUGUCUCCGUCAUUGCUUUAAUCCUCUUCCAUGCCCAGGCUGCUGCUAUGUCGGGUACUGUAGCAUCGACUGCAGGAACAAGAGCCUUUCUGAAGAGCACUGGCUGCAGUGUAAACUUCUACCAAGCAUGAUAAAACUGGGCCUACAGAACAAGCAAAUGAUAUAUCUACUAUUGAAGAACUGCACCUUCCACACGAUCAAGAGCCUGUGGAACAUGGCGAAGGGUAUAAGACACAAUUCUCCAGAGAAACUUGGAUGUGAUGCCGAUGGCCUCUAUCAUUCGAGUUCCUACAACAGUAUAUAUUAUCUCUGCGACAACCUGGAUAAGCAGUCCUUUGGUCUCUUGUUUACUCAUUGCCAACUGGCUUUCACAGUGACCAAGCUGCUGGAGAAGAGUGGCAGGUUCUUCAUUCACAGGCCUGGAAAGAAAUUCUCUCCGACUAGGGAUGACUUCCUGACCACCGGCACAGUCUUACUUUCUCAUGCACUGAAAGUUUACUACAAUCCUUACGAAAUAUUGGAUUUGAGGCUCAAGAAAACUAUUGGGGGAGGAAUUUUCCCAGCUCUGAGUUUGUUCAACCACUCUUGCAAUCCAUCGACCAAACAUUACUGUAUAGGCAGAUCGAUCGUCCACCGCGCCAUGAAGCCUAUCAAGGCUGGGGAAGAAUUAACUGCCAGUUAUAUUUCUGACUUCUAUGAUAAGCCACUAGAGGCCCGCCGACUGUGUUUGGAGGAUUACUUGAUAACGUGCGACUGUGAAGCUUGCAGGUACGAAUGGCCGGUCUACGACAACUUGAAUUCCGUAGAAUUCAAAUGCUUUGGUUGCCGUGUGAAUAGCGGGGGAUCGCGGGCAGUCUGCGACCAAUGUAGAGAAAGGGGCUUUUUACCAGAGAGGAAUCCCAAUGAGAACAGGGUCGUUAAAGAAAGGUCUGAACGUGUCUGGUCUACUAUCUACAGAUCGAUGAAGAUCGGACUUCGGAUGAAUAGCAAGGGUUUUCUGUCGCAGAAGGACUUCGAGUAUUUGUGUAACGCAAUUACUCUCAUCCGCGAAAAUAUACUGCCUCCUUGCCAGGUAGUCUGUGAUGCGAGUAACGUGCUACUGAAGGCUUUCGAACUUGGCAGAUAAGGUCUUCAUCUCUAAAGAAAUGGAGUAUUGAGUUUUUUUUUUUCUUAUUCUGCUGAGAAUUUUUUUAAUUACCCGACAAUCUUUAAUUUUUAAAGUUCUAUUUUAUUGCCUGCCUUAGCAGUUUUUAUCAGACUUGACUUUUAUUGAAUGGUCUUGUAUUUGGAAGUUUUUUUUUUUUUUUAUUAAAAAAAAGUUCUUGCAAA